CGUUUCAACUACCUCAAUUACAAAGCCGAAGAAGUAGAAGGAAAAAGAAAACGCGAAGGAGGAAAGAAGCAAAGAGCUGGGUUAGUUAGUGUUGAAAUUGACAAGUAUUUGAAGACAGUGAUUGAGGACCAUGCUGAGAGCUUGUCUGAAAGGAGCUAAUGCCACAGCCCGGGUCCUGAGCAGUAAGAUGCUGGAACAGGACACCCGCUACCGUCAGCUGAGCCAGGAACAACUGGAUAACUUCACUCUGGAUAUGAACACUGCCUACGCAAGACUGAAGGGAAUGGAGGAGGCCAUAGACAGCCAUGUGGUAGCGGAGGAGGAGGCCCGUAAAGCUCACCAGCUCUGGCUCUCUGUGGAGGCUCUCAACUACACUUUAAAGACGGCUAACGCUGACAUCCCCACCGUGCCUCUAGAGGGUGCUGCUCAGGCCGUGCGAGACAGCUGCCAUGACAGCGACUUUGCCUUGGCUCUAUCAUCAGCUCUUCCAGAGGAAUCCCUGCAACGCGGUGUGUACAGCGAGGCCUCUCUCCGUGCUCGCUUCAACUCCCUACGAUCACUCGCACGCCGGGUCGCCCUUAUUGACGAAUCUCACAACUCCUUGUACCAGUAUUUCUUGUCCUACCUUCAAGCUGCCCUGCUGUUUGAGGAGAAACAGGAAGCACCACCUGCCCAGCUGUGCAGUGAGGAUUUAGACCCAUUCAAGCUUCUGUCAUAUGCAAGCUACUGCUUAGAGCAUGGGGAUCUGGAGUUAGCAGCUAAACUGGUGAACCAGUUGAGAGGAGAGGCCAGGAGAGUGGUGGAGGACUGGCUGACUGAAGCCAGACUCACACUGGAAACCAGGCAGGUAGUCAGUUUGCUGUCUGCAUAUGCUAAUGCUGUGGGGUUAGGAACCACCCAGGCUCCAUAGGCUGCCACUCUCAUUUACCCUGGCAGUCCUUAAAGGAACAAUACACUGAAAAUCUAGAGUAUCCAGUAGUCUCCCACUGUAGAAGCUGUAGCUUACAUCUUUGUGGGAAGGCAGCUGUAGUCAGUUUGGAUUCACAACAACUAGGGCGGAGUGUUCAAUACUCAGAUACCCACUUUUCAGUGUCAUAUUCCAUUAAGUUAAGUGAAGUUAAUCAAGUGAUGGAUGUUAAGACGCAACAUAAAUUAAUUUUCCUUAAAGUCACUGCGGACAAUUAUUUGUAAAAUAUGAUUGAUGCACCCACUUGAUCUAGUCUUGUCAAUUCAGCCCCACAAAUUUGUUUUAGGUAUUUAUUCCUAUUUUCCCAAGUGUUAUGGGAAAUCAGUACUAACAUUGAUAAAAGAAUUUGUCAUGCUGCAUUUUAUUUUUGUCAAUACUGCACGUUACAAUAAAUCAUGAAUAAGAA